CCUGUCCUAUUUCAACAGGUUUCGCUUUUCAGCGGUUGCAGUUCGGAACGCGUGCCUGUAGUAACACAGCACAAACAGUGCGAGGAACACACGUCGUAUCCGAAAACUGAAAACACAGUUUCACUGACAGUUCCGACUUUACCUGACAUUCAGCGCCGUCCUCCGGCUUUCGGCGCCUUAUCGCGUGUUCUGAUACGAACUAAAAUAUUUCGCUACGGACAAGAUUUAUAUUUGGAUACGAUGUAGCGGCAUGUGUUUUGUGGAUAACAUUUUUCAGAAAGUUUUGUGAGUCAUGAAUGCAAACUUUAUUGUGCCAAAAACAGUAAUAAAAUGAACAUAAUGAUCGUUUUAGGACACGAAAGUUUGUUGUGAUGUAAUAGUGUUUUGAUUAGAGUUAAUAUUAAAAAGUUGACACGAUGUAAGAUCUGGAUGUUAUCAAUGUUUACCUCUUCUGUGUUGUGAGUAAUAGUUAUUAAAUAGAUGAUAGAUUCCUGUAAGUGAAGUCUUUUAGACUGACGAAGAAACAGCAAAAGGUUGUGAUAAUUAAAAGCAAACUUACGUGGAAAUUGCAAUUUUCCGUUUAUCACUUACAGACUUAUCAAUGAAACUUCGGUUGUACUUUUUUCAUACGUUGUGAGUAAAAUUAUAUAUUUACUUAUACAAAAGCCCUAAAUAUAAAGUAUUAUCUUUCAAUCAGGCGCUAAUAUAGUUAUAUUUCUACUUUUAUUUAUCGGUAAUGCAAAACGGUUGUGUUAUACAAAGAACUAUUAUUCUUUCAUAAUUUCCCUUGAGGUUGUGAAUGCUACAAUAAAUGGACUGAAGGCAAAUACUCCAAAAUUUAUGAUUCAGAUAAAGGACAAAAUUGGUGAAUAAAAGUUGUGAUGAAAUUGGACAUUUAUGCGUACCCGAGGGUAUCGAAAGUGGCUUCAUAUGUAAAGAAUGGGCCGGCGAUAACACUGAUGGAGCGGCGACUCUCGUGCUAUGAUGACUGCUGUUAAUUCGGUAAUAUUCCAAUCCAGCAAACAGUCGAGGAAAUUUAACUUUACGGUCGCGACAACCCGAUUGCCGCUGCCGACGUUCUCGCCGCGGGCCGUGCUGAUGUACAGCGCAGCGGUCGGCGGCGAAGGUGUUGCGCUGCAGCUGCGGGAGGCCACGCCGGCGGAGAUCGAUGCACGGCUCGACACGCGGCUCGAUGCGCGGCUCGACGCGCGGCUCGACGCACGGCUCGAUGAACGGUUCGCCAUCGCGUGCCAUGAGCCUGAGCUGCUAGCUGAGCUUCUACACGCCGCGGCGGAUAUAGAAGGCGAGCACGACGGUCUGACGGCACUGCUGGGGGCUGCGUCUCCGGACCUGGCAUUGGCGUCUGACGCGUCUGACAGCCUUCCCUUGCCAGACAAUGAUCGAGACUGCAAAACACCAUCAUUGAGCGUGGGCGGCAUCACAACGGUCUCUGUAGCGCUGACGGGCAUCGACUCCCGCCCGCUCACGAGGAAGGUCCGGCCAAAACCAGCGUCGCCUAACCGACAAGGACCCCAGCAGUGCCAAGUAUGCAACAAAGUUUUUGGCAAUGCAUCCGCUCUCGCAAAGCACAAGCUAACGCACAGCGAUGAGCGCAAAUACGUGUGCAUUACCUGCGCGAAGGCGUUCAAGAGACAGGAUCAUCUAAAUGGCCAUAUGUUGACACAUCGAAACAAGAAGCCGUACGAAUGCAAAGCGGAUGGAUGCGGCAAGUCGUACUGCGACGCGCGGUCACUGCGCCGGCACACGGAGAACCACCACCAACCACAUCCAGAAAAAACCGGCAGCGCGGAGAGCGUCGCGGAACGUGACGCGAAUUCGGCGCGCGGCGUCUCGCCCGCCUCGCCUUCGCCCGCGCGUGCUGUCCUGCACUCAGAUACAAGUAACGGGUCAGAGAAGUCCAGUGUGACAAGCACAAGCGGGAGCGGUGGCGGGGACAGCACGCCACCGCGCACGCCGCCCGCACCACCCCGACCCAAGCCCAAAGCCAGGCCGAAAGCUGCCACGCAGCAGGGAAGUCCAAAAUGCGGGGGUGGUACCACUGCGAGUGGAACGCCCAGUAAUACGACAAGCGUAGGCGGAAGCGGGACACGGGCAACUGAAAUCAAACCAGUCGAGUGUAAUCUUUGUCAUCGAAAAUUCAAAAAUAUUCCCGCGCUCAACGGACAUAUGCGACUGCACGGUGGUUAUUUUAAAAAGGAUUCGGACAAUAAGAAGUUAGAUAAAAAAGAAUCUACUGGACCUCCACUACAAACAGCAUCGGUAUCUGUAAGAGCACUUAUAGAAGAAAAAAUCAUCAGUCGUCGAGGAGCUACGACUACACAACCGACAGGUGUUACAAUAGAUACGUCAUCACGUUCGGGCUUUGCAACCCCAGCGCCACCACCAUUAUCAAACAUUCGUUCAUCAUCAACAUCUCCAGCCUCACCAGUUACAACGUCGGUACAUUUUGUAUCGCCAAAAGCUCCACCAGUUGUUAGUUUUGCUAGCAACGCUGCAUCCAAUCUUAAUUCAGUUCAUAGAGAUUCUACUCUUAUUGAACUUUUGAAGAAAGGAAACAGUAAGGUUGUAAAGCGAUCUGCGUCAGAUCCAGGACAGUCUUCGCCACAACAAGAUUUCACUUUUCGACCCGAAUUAUUCGGAGUUUCAUUUAAUUCAGAUGAUGGAUACUUUUCGCCCGCUCUUAAUGAAGAUACCUUCCAAUUCGCUACGACCGCUGAUCAGUUAGAGGAACUGGCAUCGCUAGAAGAUUACGCGACCGUAGCGGCCUCAAUCCAUGAGCGAUCACCAGUCACGUUCCCGUCCAAUCGCCGUUUGGCUGCAGUACUAAAUUCUCCUCUACCAGAAUCAUUAGCCGAUUUUGGAGCUUGCCACGGCGGGCCUGCGAUAACAUCGCCUGGAAUUCCAGGAUAUACAGACAAUUCUCCGAGCCUUUCUUAUGGUGAUUCGCCUGGUUUAGCUUACACUGCCGCAUCCCCGAGUGGAGGUUACUCAACGCAUCCGACACCGUCCCCUAGUUUAGCUUACCCCACACCUCCCGCAUCGCAAGAUGCUCAAUCACCGGCACAUUCUGUCCCAAGAGCUUCAUCACCACUUACAGCUGCAUUUUUUACUGCAACAAUGUCUAGUCAAGAAGAGGUUGAAGAAGCUCUCGAAGAAGUUUUGCCGGAGGAGUGUCGAUCGUUGGAUGCGUAUACACUCCAACCUUCGCCGACAGCUCGGCGAAUGAUGCUUAAUUCUGAAGACCCUCUCUUAUCGAGCAGUCCGCGAGAUUUUCCACAUCAGAGAUCAACUCGACGUCAUAACCGUUCAGUAACACCGAUGUCUACAUCACUUCAGCAAUGGCAAUCUGACUCUCUUCAAGUAUGCGUGGAAGGCCGUGAUCCAGUACCAGCAGUGUUCCUAAGUCCAAACAGUAUACCGGCCUCACCGCAACGACGGAAAAGGAAAGCGUCUCCAGCUGGCCCGUACCGCUCUCGCAUGCGUCGAGUGACCAGCCACUACACACCGCAACCAAUACUGCAACCGGAUAGAGAUGGUCCUGGACUUUAUGCAGAUUUACUGAACGGGUUGUCCAAUUCAGAGGUUGACGUGUUAGCUCAAUUUGAAGAUAACCAGAAGCCACAAAUAAAUAUCGGGCCGGAACAUCAAGCUGAUAUACCGGAGUUGUGCAACGAUCGCAUUGAUCUCCAUCGAGUACCUGAACAGUUACUUUGGGAUCCAGGCAUCAACGAUGCAUUAGAUGAUAAUGAAGUGCGCAUGUUCAUGGAGCUGGCGAUGUGCGCGGCGAUGCCGGUGGGCGGGCACAGCCGCGAGAGCGCGCUGCAGACGCUGGGCGAGUGCGGCGGCGACGUGCGCGCGGCCACGCUGCGGCUCAUGGCGCGCCCCGCGCCCGCGCCCCCCUGCCCCGACCCGCGCUGGGCGCCCGACGAGCUCGAGGCCUUCCUCGCCGGCCUCGCGCUCUACGACAAGGACUUCUACCGCAUCGCGAGCCUGAUAAGAACCAAAGACUCGAAACAAUGCGUGCAAUUCUACUACUUCUGGAAGAAAGUAACGAAAGACUACAAAACGUUGUACUUGCGGAGCUGGAGUGACUCGCAACCGACACAAGGUUCGUUAGGCCAGUCGCUGGCGCCAGCACUCGCCUCGUCGCCUUCCUUCGAGGGAGAGGAGUUCCCUUGCAAGAUCUGCGGAAAAGUAUUUAACAAAGUAAAAAGUCGUAGCGCACACAUGAAGUCGCACCGGCCACUCGACGCCGAGCCCAAAAGGCCUAAACUCGAAAAGCCUUAUGAAAAGGUCGAGAGAUCUGAUGACAGAUCCCAAGCGACUACUGAAUACCAAAAUAAAACGCCUACACAAUAAUUUGUCGCUCACUCAUUCCGCCCACGCGUCAUUUUUGCCUCAGUGCGACUAAUCACAAUUAUUCAAAUACGUAUUAUAUAGUUGGGCUUACGUGUUACGUGUUACUCGUUACUCGCUGUCUUGUGUCGCGUGUCACGUGCCACGUGUCGUGCCAUUCACGCGUGUCACGUGCCACGUGCCACGUGCCACUUGGCUCUCGCGUGCACUCGAACCGCGCCUGCACAUUAACAAUGACGAACCGCUCGGCCUCUGAAAAUGCCUAAGCAUUUAUUAUGAUAAUUACAAAAUAGAUAUAUACUGACAUUUAGAAGUGAAAUAGUUCUAGUGGCUAGACGUUAGGGGUAUCGACGCCCGAACUAAAAUUACCAAUUCUCAAAAUUCUUGUAACGCUUAGCCUAAAGAGCCGUUAAUAUUUUGUAUACACGUGUAGAUAUAAGUACCGAGUAGGAACUUGGUAAAGUUUUUAUAUGACAGACUUCUCGACGUGACUGCAAGUGUGAUGUUGUAAAUAUCUAGUAGUUGUUAAUCAGUACAGCAGAUCCGGGCGAGCUACAACCUAAAGGUGAAUGUAUAAUAUACUCGUACAUUAUGUGUAAUAUAAAAGUACAUACGCGUGUAAAUUAAGAGUUUUUCGUGUAGUAACUACACUACCUCGUUUCUAUUCGCCCUCGGUUUUAGCGCGAGCCCAGCUCAUUGUUACGUUUGCUUAUUUUGCUCAUUUCGUUAUUUAUUAUUUUUGUUAUUUUAGCUUAAUUAGAAAAAUUUUAAGCGCAGAUUAUUUUUGCGUCUUGUUUUAGAUAGUUAAUUGUAUAAAGGAAUUCAAUUCAGCAUCCGUACCUACCGAAAACUAGUCACAUAUCGAUGCAGUUUUAGAAAAAUAUUGAACACAAACGUUCUGUGAAAAACUGGGUAUGGAAUGGAUCCCUACAACUAACAAAAAAAACCUCUCUGUGGAACGAAUGAGUGAUAAAUUCAAAGAAUAAAUGUAUCUAACACCGAUUAUCUAUAUUCUGCAAGGUACAAGAAAAACGAAGAACAAUAAAAAAUAUGCUAUAACUUAUAAACAUAUUCUCCGUACCUAGUUAUUCACAGAAAUGAUAUUAUAAAUAAUAUAAAAAAAUAAAUGGAAUGAUAAUAUUUUUUUACAGAAAUAUUAGUAAAAUGCUCAAAUGUUCUAUAUUUUACGUUGGUAAUUUUAUUAUCUCGUUCCUGUUAUUUAUUCUUUAUUGUAUAACUGAAUGUGUACUAAUUUAUGAAUGUAAGUUAUGUUGUACGAGUCGAUGUAAGAUAUUGUAUGUGCGUGUACUACGUGUUGUGAUAAUUGUAUGUAAUUGUUUCAGCAGUAGAGCUGAGUGUUGUAGUUGUAGCUUGUAGCCGAGCGCCGAGCGAUCGCGUUGCUCGAUAUCUCGAGUCUCGUUACCUUUAGCCUGCAAUUCUAAACUCAUUUCGUCGCUGCCAAACUGAGAACACAUUGUAAUAACUUUCGUGGUUGUGAACUUUCUUAUUAAACUUUUCGUCUUCCGAUAUAAGCACUUGACGUCUUCGUUCGAUUUCGAGGCAGUAUUCCUUUUAAAAGACAUAAUAUUAUAUUUAACACGCGUACGUUUGAAAUUAAUUUGUUGUUGAGUCGUAACGAUUUUAGAUUAAUUGUAACAAAAGCGUUAAACGCUCUCAGUAUUAUGGAUUCGGGAAACGAUUAACGAAACGUAGAAUUUUGUAAAAUAAUCUAUAGUAGAUGUCUAAACAAGGCCGUUAAAGUGGAUUAGCUCAGUUAUCGCUGGGGAUAUACCUACGUUAUGUAUUUCAUUACCCUCCAUGGGUAGAUAUAAUUAUAUGUAUAUACCUAUAUAUGAACCUAUAAUUAUAUACUUAAAUUAGUUAACUUCUGCCAACGUACAACCCUGUCGUAAUAUAUUAAGUAGCUCUAUAAUAUUAUAUACUUAUUUUAUAUUAAUAUUAAUUAUAAGAUGAAUUUGAAUCGCUAUGUUGCAAAACUAACUUGAGUGAUUAUUUGGUUGUGUUCUAUCUUAACAAUAUAGACAAAUGUUCACAAAAUGUUACUAAUUUUAUCUUCUAUUUCCCAUGUGCCAAAAAAUUUUAAUAAAUCUAAAUUUUCUUAUAUAAAUAUCAUAGGUUUAUUUCAAACCGUUAUUUACCAUUAAUAGAACAGUACCUACCGAUAAUAAAAAGCCAAAUUAUAUAUAUGAUACGUUUAGUUGAUUCAUAUUUUAAUUUUCCGUCUUAUAAUAUGAUAACUGCCGGUGAUAUAUUAAGUUUACUACAAAUUAAAAAUAAAAGUGAAAUUUUUGUACUGUAGAUACCUAAUAAUUCGAUUGUUAUUUACAGUCUGCCAAAUAGAUAUUAUAUGCCUAGAGUCUGUAAAGAAAUCGAAAAAAUAGAUUAUUAAUUUUAGAUUGAAUGAACUUGUUUCAAACGAAAUUAAAGAAAAUGAUAGUUAUGUAUUGUAAAUACAAUUUGAAAUCAUAAUUUCAGAUAUAGCUCUUCUUCUACAAAAUUACACAUGAUAAUUAAGAUCAAGUCCCUCCAGAGAGAUUUCUUAGCUAUUAAGACUGAACGCUACAAAAUCUCGCUUUCAUUACGUUAGUCUAUCGCCUUCCCUAGACUCAACUCUCGAGUUGCGCUUCUUCCUGUCGCAGUACUCAGUAGGUAUAUUAUCAGAUAAGCUAAUCCCAUUCCAUGUGCCAAAUCGUACUAGUCAGGGUGUAAGCUUAUAGAUCGCGCUAUCACCUAAACUCAUUAUCUAUAAUAUAAUAGCAAAAAUUAUUCUUUUAGAAUAUUAAAUCGCGACAUUUAGACUUCAUUAGAAACUCUAAACGAAUAAAUAGUAGCGAAAAUGUUGAAAUAAGUAUUAAAUUAUUUAUAAGAUCAAUUGAUAAAUAGAGUGAACUAUCUUAUUUCAAUUUAAACAUAGAAGUGCCUUACAAUUUUAUUUUUGUACUAUUAUUAUUUUGUUUGUUUUAAUUAAAAAGAAUACGAAGCACUGUAAAAUUGCAUUUAUUACAUACUCUGCGGCCGCUCUGCUGGCUCAGAGUGAGUACUACAGACGUGAUCGGCCUUAGUUCUACUAAUACUUAUAUUGUCUACAAAAUAUACUGAUAUCUCUAAGUCUUGCAAUUUAUAUUAAGGAAAUAUUAAAAAUAUACACACAUCGACGACAUAAUAAGGAUACAAUAAAUACAUGUCAAUUUACUACAUUAACCACUGAAGUGAAAGUUUACCUUUAUAAAAUGUAAAAUUAAAUAAUUUUAGGAAACAAGAAGCAAACGUUUUGUUUAAGUUGAUUCUAAUAUUAAAUUCUUCCAUCGUUCUCCACUGUUCUUAAUCUUUAUAAUCUUAAAUCUAUUUCCCCGCUUAGUAACCUUAUUCGUUGCUCUCGUAGCAAAUGUGUGUAAUUGUAUAUAUUUAUGUACUUUAUAUAUUUGUGUCAUAAUAUACUCAUUCAUAAUACAUACAUAUUACUAUAUAUAUAGUAACGAUAUUUUGUAAAUUUAAGUGAAUUAUAUUCUUCUAAUUUUGUAUCGAAAAUUUGUACGAAGGAAUAUCCUUCACUGCCAUACAGUGUUACCACUUCAUAAACACACGAAUGGAAUAUCAUCGAAAGCAUUUAAAUAAUGAAUAAUAUUUCGCUUCCUGUGUAAAAUGCGUACCAGGGAAUUGCAUUCACCGACACGUUUAUUUACGUGGUAGCACUGUAUCAAAAUAAUACGUACUUAAUACGUUUAGUGUAAUAGUAGAAUGUACAUGAAACGUGCCAAAUGCACGAUAAUUUGAUAUUACACUCUGUGUUGUGAUUUUGAACGUUCUGUAAAUUACGAAUCUUUGAAAUACUAGUAGUAUUUAUUUAUUGAAAUAAAUAAAUAAAUAAAUAAAUACUAUGAAAAAUCGUAGGACCUUUUAGAUUAGAACAAUUCUUCGCGUAGACAUGUUAGGUCAUUAAAUAUAUGAGCAUUUAGAUUAAACAUUAUAGAUAAUCAUUGAAAGAUGUAAAUGUAUUAAUUAUAAAUUCUAGAUUCAUUGUUAUAUUGAAUGUGAUGAUUUGUAAUGAACAACGACUAAGCUCGAGUCCUGUCCCUCUCCCUCUGGGCGACUUCACAACUUCGCAUAUCCUUGAAACAAUAAGUAAUUAAAUAAAACUAUUACAUAUAUAUUGAUAAAUUUAUUAGGGUAACUAAUUUUUUAAGACAAUGACUAUUACGUGAUCUUUUAGAUUGUCUUUAUUAAUAAAUAUUUGGUGAAGGUUUUGUCA